CAAUGACUAGAACAUUAUAAAAGCCAACCUUUUCUUUCGCUGGGUGCUCACAGUUCACCACUGAAGCCUCAGGAUGUUAAAGUUUGUGUUGCUGUUCCUGACCCUGUCAGGUCUCCAAGCUCUUCCAAUCGCAGCUCCUGGACAGCGAAUGUCUUUGCCUGACCGUCACCCAGAUGGCUUUAAACGGAGCGUUGAACACGCCGGCGUCCGUGAAAGUGUUCCUGCUGGAUUCAGACAAGGAACGGAGCCGUCCAGGAAGUUCCUUGUUGACCUGAACACUGGACUUGUUAAGGAACACAUCAGUGAGAUGGAAAGGAGAGUUGUCCCUGUCGAUGUUCCAGCCCAGAGAAGAGGAGCAGGCUGGGUUCGAGUGGAGAAACCCUCAACUGUUGAAGUUCCUGAAACUCUUAGACAAGAAACUAAGUCCAGAAUGUCCAUCCCAGUUGGUUUUAGACAGGGAACCGAGCCAAAGAUGUCCAUCCCAGUUGGUUUCAGACAGGGAACCGAGCCAAAGAUGUCCAUCCCAGUUGCCUUCAGACAGGGAACCGAGCCAAAGAUGUCCAUCCCAAUUGCCUUCAGACAGGGAACCGAGCCAAAGAUGUCCAUCCCAAUUGACUUCAGACAGGGAACCGAACCAGAAAUGUCCCACCUAAUUGAGCUCAGAAAGGAAGCUCAGCAAAAUAUGCAGGUUCCAGUUGCUUUCAGACUGGAAACUGGACCAAAAUGGUCACUGCCAAUUGGUUUUAGACAGGGAACUGAGCCAAAGAUGUCCAUCCCAGUUGGUUUUAGACAGGGAACCGAGCCAAAGAUGUCCAUCCCAGUUGCCUUCAGACAGGGAACCGAGCCAAAGAUGUCCAUCCCAAUUGCCUUCAGACAGGGAACCGAGCCAAAGAUGUCCAUCCCAAUUGACUUCAGACAGGGAACCGAACCAGAAAUGUCCCACCUAAUUGAGCUCAGAAAGGAAGCUCAGCAAAAUAUGCAGGUUCCAGUUGCUUUCAGACUGGAAACUGGACCAAAAUGGUCACUGCCAAUUGGUUUUAGACAGGGAACCGAGCCAAAGAUGUCCAUCCCAGUUGGUUUUAGACAGGGAACCGAGCCAAAGAUGUCCAUCCCAGUUGCCUUCAGACAGGGAACCGAGCCAAAGAUGUCCAUCCCAAUUGCCUUCAGACAGGGAACCGAGCCAAAGAUGUCCAUCCCAAUUGACUUCAGACAGGGAACCGAACCAGAAAUGUCCCACCUAAUUGAGCUCAGAAAGGAAGCUCAGCAAAAUAUGCAGGUUCCAGUUGCUUUCAGACUGGAAACUGGACCAAAAUGGUCACUGCCAAUUGGUUUUAGACAGGGAACUGAGCCAAAGAUGUCCAUCCCAGUUGGUUUUAGACAGGGAACUGAGCCAAAGAUAUCCAUCCCAGUUGCCUUCAGACAGGGAACUGAGCCAAAGAUGUCCAUCCCAAUUGCCUUCAGACAAGGAACUGAGCCAAAGAUGUCCAUCCCAAUUGACUUCAGACAGGGAACCGAACCAGAAAUGUCCCACCUAAUUGAGCUCAGAAAGGAAGCUCAGCAAAAUAUGCAGGUUCCAGUUGCUUUCAGACUGGAAACUGAACCAAAAUGGUCACUGCCAAUUGGUAUUAGACAGGGAACUGAACCAAAGAUGUCCAUCCCAGUUGGUUUUAGACAGGGAACUGAAUCAAAGAUGUCCAUCCCAAUUGCCUUCAGACAGGGAACUGAACCAAAGAUGUCCAUCCCAGUUGCCCUUAGGCAGGGAACUGAAUCAAAGAUGUCCAUCCCAGUUGCCUUCAGACAGGGAACUGAGCCAAAGAUGUCCGUCCCAGUUGCCUUCAGACAGGGAACCGAGCCAAGGAUGUCCGUCCCAGUUGCCUUCAGACAGGGAACCGAGCCAAAGAUGUCUGUCCCAGUUGCCUUUAGACAGGGAACCGAGCCAAAGAUGUCCAUCCCAGUUGCCUUUAGACAGGGAACCGAGCCAAAGAUGUCCGUCCCAGUUGCCUUUAGACAGGGAACCGAGCCAAAGAUGUCCAUCCCAGUUGCCUUUAGACAGGGAACCGAGCCAAAGAUGUCCAUCCCAACUGACUUCAGACAGGGAACUGAGCCAGAAAUGUCCCACCUAAUUGAGCUCAGAAAGGAAGCUCAGCAAAAUAUGCAGGUUCCAGUUGCUUUCAGACAGGCAACUAGAGCCCAGACCCAUAAAAUGGCCUGUAACGGGGAGAUCAUCAGUGGAAAAUGUUACGAGUUCAACCCCAAUUCGCUGUCCUACAAAGAUGCCCAGGCCUUUUGCAGAAAUCUGGCUCCCGAUGCUGAGCUUGCCUCUAUAACAAACAGAGACCUCCAUUCCCGACUGGUUUCCCUGGUGACCAAAGGAGGCGAGAACGACCCUGUGUUGACCUGGUUGGGAGGCAUAGUCAAGAACCAGCAGGCCUCGUGGGUCGACGGGUCAAAAUGGAGCUACAGCGACUGGAUGCCAGGACACCCCAACAUUCACACUGACAAACCCGCCUGUGUCGAGAUGUUCAAGAUCGAUGAGAGCUGGUGGAGCGUGGCGGAUUGUGAACUGAAGAGGGCGUCCCUCUGCUCGUACCCAGUCACUGCGUAAAAAUCAAAGAAACAGGAAGUGAUGUCAGAUGUCUCUCCUACAGCAAAAGAGUAUCUCCAAAUCUGCUGUACUCCUCAGAUUGAGCUACUUACCUCAUCAUGAUUGAAUCUCCUUAAAUAAAACCAAGCAUGACACAAAUAAA